AUGGCAGAAGUGUUGAAUCUGUGCACUUUUGAGCUAUCUGUGGUUCCAUGGUGUUUUUAUGAUUGGUAUACUUUAGAGGAGUUGAUAUUCAAUCUGAAUGACGAUUCGUUCAAUGAAACGCUCUCUAAAAUUAAAGAAUAUUUACCCGAAAAUAAAAACACAUUAUAUUGCCUAAUAAUCGCAGCUGCAGCUGUUAGAAGAUUCAAUUUCAAGCUAUAUUAUGAUCUCUGCAGAGUGCUUGGACCAACAAAUAACGUAUAUAAACUCAGUCCUUUUUCAUUUUUGUUGAACGAAAAAGGAUUAAUUUCUCCAAACCAGAAACAGCUUUUCGAGAAAUGGCAUUCAAUGAAAGGAAGCUCACAAGAGAUAAUAGAAAUAUUCGAUGCAUCAUCAAUUUUUAAUUGCAUUGUUUCUGACGAUAUUGAUGUUUUUAUUUAUCAUUUUUUCCAAAAGGAUUUUAGCGGCAAAGUUAUUGAAAUUGACAAUAAUUUUGGCUCAAAAUUCACACUUACAUUUACUGUAGAUGCUUUUGCUGCUUGGUUCUCUGCUUUUAAGAUCUUUAAGUUCUUGACAAUCAUGGAUUCGAUCGUAAUAAACAAAAAAUUAUUACAGGCCGUUGUAGAAGGAGGAAAUUUCGAAAUUAUGAAACUAUGCAUUAAUAAAGGCGCUGAAUUUGGUGAAUGCUUCACUUAUGCAGUUGCUUACCAUAGACAUAAGAUUUGCAAAUAUCUUCUAGAGAAUUAUUGA